GAUGACAGCAUCGAUACCAUUCCGUUGGCUUUUCUGAGCACCGCUUUCGGCGACGAUGAUUUACCGACCGUCGAUUUCUCCAACAUUUGUAGCUCAAGCGGUGGGAGCAACGAUUGUUCUGACAUGGCCACAGAUAUCAAGGCCUGCCAGGCUAAGGGAAAGACCAUCACGCUCAGUAUUGGUGGCGCUACGUCUUCGGUCAUUCUUUCUGGUGACAGCCAGGGCAAGACCUUUGCGGACACCAUCUGGAACUCUUUUCUCGGCGGCUCCUCCGACACUAGGCCUUUCGGUGAUGCAAUUCUCGAUGGUGUGGACCUGGACCUCGAGUCCGGCGACGGAGCCGGUUACGCCGCAUUCGUCACCCAGCUUCGUACCCAUACCGACAGUGCAGACAAGACGUACUACGUGACUGGUGCUCCACAGUGCCCAUACCCUGAUGCGUACAUCGGAGAGGUUCUUUCUAGCGUAGGGUUUGACGCUGUCUAUGUACAGUUCUACAACAACCCCUCUUGCGGUCUCACUGCGGCGUCAACGUCUGGCUGGAACUUUGCAACCUGGGACAAAUGGGCCAAGUCCUCUCCCAACCCAGAUGUCAAGGUGUAUAUCGGUGCUCCUGCCUCUUCAUCGGCGGCUGGUUCGGGCUACGUCGACGCCGACACCCUUGCCCAGAUCGCACAGGAGAACCGUGACAAGUACUCGUCUUUCGGUGGUGUGAUGCUUUGGGACGUUUCGGAGGCUUACAGUCAGUUCUGA